GCGGGCAGCGCCAUGAAGAGGGGAGCGGGGGAACGGGAGAAAGAAACGAAGAAAAAGAAACUUCUUGAAGAGCUUGGAGAGAGUAGACUUCCAUAUAUGACACCAGGAGAUGCUGGUUUCCAUCAGUUGUGGAAGACCAAAUAUUCCAAACUAAUUUUCAGGAAAUCUGAUACAAUACCUGAGGAGCUCCAUCGAGUGGUACAAGAAGCCUUUUUGACCUUGCGAAAACAUGAUUGUUUCUUUCAAGAUCUUGUAAGGAUUAAAGGAAAAGAUUUUGUCACCCCAGUGUCUCGUAUAUUAAUUGGAAACCCAGGAUGCACUUACAAGUACUUGAACACAAGAUUAUUUACAGUUCCUUGGCCUACUGAGGAUUAUGAAAUCAAAUAUUACAGUCCUCACAUACGUGAUGCUUGUAAAGCAUUAAUGAAACUUAAUGACUAUUUGCAUACUGAAGCAGUCCAGGCCUUACAAGGACAAAAUUCAUCUGAGAGUAAGGAAACCAAAGAUACUGUUGUAAUAGAUAGGGAGCAAAGUGUUGAUACUUCUAUUAAGGAGAAAGAGGCUGUUUUAAAAGAUCAAAGCAGUUAUGUUUCAGAGGAUGACUACACAAGGCUAAAGAACAGAACAUCUUUUAACUUGACUUUAUUAAAUUAUAUGGAUCCUCUGCAAAUGCUGUACUUGAAACAAGAGCCUUAUUUUGGAAUGGGGGAUAUGGCUGUGAGCUGGCACCAUGAUGAGAAUCUGAUUGCAAGGUCAACGGUUGCUGUAUACAGCUACAGUUGUGAAGGUUCUACAACUGAAGAAAAUAAUGAACAGAAUCUGAAGGGAAGAGAUCCAGCUGUUUGGCAUGUAGGCUUGAAGGUCGCAUGGGACAUAGAGACGCCUGGAUUAGCAAUGCCCCUUCACCAAGGAGACUGCUACUUCAUGCUGGAUGAUCUCAAUAUGACACAUCAACAUUGUGUUCUGGCUGGUUUUGUACCUCGAUUCAGCUCAACUCACAGAGUGGCAGAUUGUUCAAGAGGAACAUUGGAUUAUAUACUUGGUCGAUGUGAGCUUGCACUGCAGAAUUUACAGACUGAUUCUAAUCCAAUGGCUUUGUCUUUGAAAUCUCUGGAAGCUGCUGUUGUAAAGCAGGUGGAAGAAACACAUAAUGAGGUUGAGUUUGAAUGGCUUAGGCAGUUUUGGUUCCAAGGCAAGCGCUAUUUGAAGUGCACUGAUUGGUGGCUUAAGCCUAUGGCUAAACUACAGGAAUUUUGGAGGAAAAUGGAAGUUAUGACCAGCCUGGCCCUCUGUGAAGCUGGAAAAGAAUAUCAAGCUGUAGAAGAAAGGAGAGAAACGAUUAGUUGCCUUUUACAAGUUCUUAAGGAGCGACAAAAGCUUCGUGAAGAAUGGACAGCAAGGGCAAUGCUCCCAGGAAGAGAAAGCACAAGCCAGGAGCCAAAUAUGGUACAGUUCCUAUUUUGAGGCAUCUUCAUCUUGAGUGCACAAGUUCUUUCUGUCAGAAGAAUGAGCUCCAGGAUUGAGGAAACUGUUGACCACUUAAUAUUGUCAUGACUGUGUAUAAAUUAUAUGCAGAGUUUAGGAUCUCUAGGUUUAUCCCUGCAGCCUUGGAUUUGUGUGCCUCUGCCAAAAAGGUUGGAGAUGUUACUGCAGACGUGUGUGUUUGUUUUUCAGUUUUAUGUCAAACUUGGAGCAAAACCUGGUGUUAUGUUUUCAUAAGUACAUUUUUUUUCCUUUAUUGUAGUACAGUGAUUUAAGAAGACUUAGGAGACA